GCCGAUAAGAUACGGCCCAACUAUAAGCUAACCUACACUCUGGCGGGCCAUACGAAGGCCGUGUCGUCCAUUAAGUUCAGUCCGAACGGCGAAUGGUUGGCCUCGUGUUCGGCCGAUAAGAUCGUCAAACUGUGGGGCGCUUACGACGGCAAGUUCGAGAAGACUAUCGCCGGCCAUAAGCUCGGCAUUAGUGACAUCUCCUGGAGCUCUGACUCGCGACUACUGGUCUCCGCUUCCGAUGACAAGACGCUGAAGAUCUGGGAAUGCGCUACUGGCAAAGGCCUGAAGACACUGAAGGGUCACUCAAACUAUGUGUUUUGCUGUAAUUUCAAUCCGCAAUCAAAUCUAAUCGUUUCCGGAUCUUUUGACGAAUCCGUUCGCAUAUGGGAUGUGAAGACAGGGAAGUGUCUGAAGACACUGCCCGCCCAUUCAGACCCCGUAUCGGCCGUGCAUUUCAACAGAGACGGCACAUUAGUGGCCAGCAGUUCGUACGACGGUUUGUGCCGUAUUUGGGACACGGCUUCGGGUCAGUGUCUGAAGACAUUGAUCGACGACGACAACCCUCCCGUCUCUUUUGUCAAAUUCUCGCCGAAUGGCAAAUAUAUUUUGGCCGCAACUCUGGACAACACUCUUAAGCUAUGGGAUUAUAGCAAAGGAAAGUGUCUGAAGACAUACACCGGACAUAAGAACGAAAAAUAUUGCAUUUUUGCCAACUUUUCGGUCACCGGCGGAAAGUGGAUCGUCUCGGGAUCUGAAGACAAUUUGGUCUACAUAUGGAAUCUGCAGACCAAAGAGAUUGUACAGAAGCUGAGCGGACACACAGAUGUUGUCCUCUGCACUGCGUGUCACCCGACGGAGAAUAUCAUCGCAUCGGCCGCUCUCGAGAACGACAAGACCAUUAAGAUGUGGAAAAGUGACACUUAAUUCAGUCGCAAAGUCGCCAUUUUUAUCUUCUUCCUCUUCAAUACCAUUUCAUCGCAUUCUUACCAUAAAAGAGAUCACGGAUUCAAUUCUCUCAUUUCCUUUCUAUUAAUAAUAUUUUGUAAUUUAAUUUAUAUAUAAUCUGCGAAAUAAUGUAAACCCUUUUCAUCUCUUUUUACAAUUUAAUAAUCAAAC